AUGUUGUCUUCUCCUACUGUGAUCCUUCAGCCCUACGGACUCCCAGUUUACCCUCAGACGGCCUCCUGCUACCCCGGCAUUGUUCAGGGUGCUGCUGCCCAGGAGGCGGGGCCAGGCAAUGGUGAUCCUUCACUUCCCCAGGUUUAUGCCCCACCCCCUUCAUAUCCUCCACCUGGACAAGCCCCGCCCACACCUGCUGCCCGACUGCCACCCCUCGAUUUCAGCGCUGCUCAUCCAAAUUCAGAAUAUGCAGAUCAUCAUCAGCUGAGAGUCUACCAGGGCCCUCAGCACGACGGGACGGAGUCUAUAACUGCCAGUAACACGGAUGAUUCUCUGGCACCCGUGACGUCUGACCCACAGUCUCUCAGUGUUUCUGUGGCCUCCGGUAGUGGAGCUGCAGGAGGAAGUGACGAGGAAGGAGGCGGGAAGGCUCAACCUAAAAGGCUCCAUGUUUCCAAUAUCCCUUUUAGGUUUCGAGACCCAGACUUGAGGCAGAUGUUUGGGCAAUUUGGCAAGAUUCUAGAUGUAGAGAUCAUCUUUAAUGAGAGAGGAUCCAAGGGUUUUGGAUUUGUGACGUUUGAGAGUGCAGUGGAAGCAGAUCGAGCCAGAGAGAAGCUCAACGGUACGAUCGUGGAGGGAAGGAAGAUUGAGGUGAACAACGCUACAGCAAGGGUGGUAACAAAAAAGCCCCAGACGCCAUUAGUUAAUGCUGCCGGGUGGAAAAUCAAUCCAGUAAUGGGUGCCAUGUACGCCCCUGAACUUUAUACAGUUGCCAGCUUCCCCUAUCCCGUUCCCACACCAACCUUGGCCUACAGAGGUUCUGGUCUCCGUGGACGAGGUCGAGCAGUUUACAACACAAUCCGCUCCGCAGCCGCCGCUGCCACACCAGCUGCAGUGCCAGCCUACCCAGGAGUGGUGUAUCAGGAAGGACUGUAUGGUGCUGAGGUCUAUGGAGGAUAUCCAGCCACAUAUCGAGUGGCCCAGUCGGCCUCAGCAGCUGCAACCGCCACAUACAGUGAUGGAUAUGGAAGAGUCUAUGCCACAGCAACAGACCCCUACCAUCACUCAGUGGGACCCACAACCACUUAUGGAGUUGGAACAAUGGCCAGUUUAUACCGUGGUGGCUACAACCGCUUCACACCAUACUGA